GCCACACGGUUCCUCAUGCGCUGGCCCUCCCUGCACCUCUGCCACGUCACCAACCUCAUCCGCCACGUCAGCAUCAGCCACCACGUGGCUGCCAGGCUGGCAUUCUUCGAGGACACGCAGGCGGAGAUCAUAAGAGACGUGGCUGCUGACACAGCAGGGGAAAGCGCCAGGUCAGAUGUGAGGAAGAGCAAACAGGCCAAGGACCUGCAAGGCAUGGAGUUGGGUAAGGGGGUGGAGAUAGAGAGUGCAAGCAAAGCUUCUUGGGCCACUAUAGGGGGAAGGUGCAGUGUGUGUGAGGAGGAAGGGUGGAAAGGGGAUUUGAUGGGAGAGGAUGGGGAGGUGGGAGAGAGUUGGGAUAUGCAAGCAGGGGUGAGUAGUGGUAAUGUGAAGAAGGCGGGGUUGGAGAAGAAAGAGAAGCACGUGCUGUACUAUGUGCAGAAGCACAACAACCUCGUCGUUGGCGUGGGUCGAGAGCCGUACGUCAUGCGGCCGCUGGCGAGUCUGGUUCUAGGGGGUACGUCUGGAGAGGGGAAUGGAGAGGGGAAGGGAGCAUCAAGGGGGGACGGAGGAAGAGAGGUGGGGACGGAGGUGGAAGGGAGGAGAUUAGAGGAGGAAGGGGAUGAGGGAGUGGAGGGGGAGGGCGGUGCAGAGGGGAAAGGUGGAGAAGAGGGGAAAGGUGGAGCAGAGGUGAACGGUGGAGCAGAGGUGAAGGCUGAAGGAGCAGGAGCAGGAGGGGCAGGAGGAGGGGGAGGGGGCAGUGAGAGUGGCAUGGUGAGUGCGCUCAUGCAUCAGGUGCAUCAGCUGCGACUGGUGGAACCCCAUCUGGCCCACGUGUGGCUGCACACGCCCUCUCAGGUGGGUCUUCUCCCAGGUGGGUCUUCUCCCAGGUGGGUCUUCUCCCAGGUGGGUCUUCUCCCAGGUGGGUCUUCUCCCAGGUGGGUCUUCUCCCAGGUGGGUCUUCUCCCAGGUGGGUCUUCUCUCAGGUGGGUCUUCUCCCAGGUGGGUCUUCUCUCAGGUGGGUCUUCUCCCAGGUGGGUCUUCUCCCAGGUGGGUCUUCUCUCAGGUCGGAGCACUGGUUUGCUCUACGUUGACUCCUUACGCUCGCUUCAUUCACGAGUGCGUGCACUCCUGCUUCGCCCACUCGUCUUUCAAUUCCUGCCACUUUCACCUGCCACUGUCACCUGCCAUCACCUUCCCUCACCUGCCAUCAGCCUGCAUGUUACAGCGACUCCACCUGCAUGCCACUCCACCUGCAUGCCACUCCACCUGCAUGCCACUCCACCUGCACGCCACUCCACCUGCACGCCACUCCCAGUUCAUCCCACUCCGCCGGCGCCGCCCCUCUCGCAUCCACUCUACCUAAUUGCUCGGCCCCUGCCCUGCUCCCCAUCUCCACCCUACCAUCCCCACUCUCCCAUCCCCCGUCCCCUGUCUCACACCAUUUAUCCCCCGUCCCCUGUCUCACACCAUUUAUCCCCCGUCCCCUGUCUCACACCAUUUAUCCCCAUCCCCUGUCUCCCCUGUUGCUCAAAACAUUUUCACCAGUCUCUAAUAACCAAGGUAUCCAACUACCGUGAUUGGACGUUUCUCCAUUCCACCAAUCAGACAAGCCCUGCGCCCACCGCACUCCAAGACUCAGGAGCAGCCGUGCCGACAGCAGAAGCAAGGGCGCUGGCAAGUCUGUUGGUGGCUUCUCAGGGCGAUUUCUUUGUGGGCGGGCUCCGGUCGCACUGGGGAAGGCUGGUCAACGAGUUGCGCUCCACUAAUGGCCGCCUCUUUAAUGUUUUUGUCGCCAUGGAUGACGAUGAAUGGUGA